GGCCUACAUAUUUUCCGCGAGCGUUCUCGUGCCUCAUGUCUUCUUUCCUGUCCAUCACCGCCUCCUGAACUCGUAUCAAUUCGUUCGUCCAAACUGCUAGACUCCCGAUCCUCCUGCCAGAGCGAAAUCUCAAGACUCACUUCCCGCCAUCAUGGCCCUGAUGCCGCCGCAACAGCCGCCAGGGCAAUCCGGAGAUAAACCAUGCGCGUUCCUCACCAUUCCGACAGAGUUACGGAUCAAGAUCUACGACUUGGUCUUCGAUAAAGUGGAGAUUGAAAUGCGACCAGAGCCGAUGCCCUUGAUAUACUCCAGGGGUGAAUCUUCCGUAGCCUUCAAAUCCCCGUUUCCUUUGGCUCUGCUACGAGUCUGCAAAAAGGUCAGAGAAGAGGCUCAGCCCAUUGCCAACAAAUGUCCCAUCUUCUGCAGUGGCUCACAACCCCCAAUUGGAAUUCCAGCUUUCAAGGGAAAGCCACAGAAGUGGAUGCAACGGAUCACCCAGAUGACAAUCUCAACUUUUGAAGUGAACAUUGAACAGUGGUUGGACCCUUUAGGCCGGCCGUUCUACCCAGCAUUGAAGCUUGUUCUGCUUGGAACCUAUCCAGAUGGUAAAUGUAUUGUGCGACCCUCGUUGAUACCAGGCACGACAUACAUCACGGCAGUGCUCAGCGGCAGAUCACAGUCAAAUGAGACCAACAUUCUUUCUGCGGCACUGACCAGCCGCUGGUUUACGAGACAUUUGAACUUGGACAAGACCAAAUCCCUCAUCGAACGAUGCCAUGUCACUGUCAAGAUCCCCUGUAAAUUAACUAUACAUUCAUCUCAUCCAAGAACCCAUCAGAGGCAUUAUGCUGAUGUCGCAGAAGGAGUGAUGGUCUGCAACGCGAGCGGCAUAACCUUGAAGGAAGUCCGAGAUCUCAGACGGGACAGCGAGAAGUGGUGAUGGCUUGAUGGUGACGGCCGUGACACGGAAGGGUGAUCUGAACUGGAUUGGAUUGGUAUUGGCGACGGUUGCAGAAGGCUGGUAACAUCCCACUGGAGGCUGGCUGAAGACGUGACACGGGAUCCCGUGCUAUUGGCAGAAAUCACUGGGUUAAUGGGCAAACAAUCGUAUCUUGCAGAAGGAGGGAUCAGGCUUUGAAGCUCUC